CACCAGCAUCAGGCAAGACCACGACGCGGCAUCAAGCAGACAUCCGCAUAAACAAGGGUACACAUCAACACCCGGGCCAGGGCCACGAAACUAUACAGCCCCUUCUUCUCAUGGGCACACUCAAGGAAGACACAGACCGACUCAUUCGGCAGUACAACACCGAUGAAGGCGCACAGAGACUAUUCAGAAACAUGCUAGGUAGUGCUCGAGCAGACGACUACAACUAUAUGCUCAAGCAGCUCACAAGCACGCAUGCACGUAUUUUGCUGAGUCCCACGGCGAGUCUGCCGAAUACACCGCUCGCGACCCUGUUCCUGCGGGAAGUACAGCAUGCACUGUUAAACACAUCUACCACAGAAGUCUUUGCAAAGGCGCUCUGUACGCUCGACGGAGCAGAUCACGAAUUGACACUUCAGCAUCUCAUCCGCAUCUUUGACUUGACGGAUGUCCAGCUCUGCUUGCUCGCGGUCUGCUUGAUGAAUUUCACAAAAAGCGCUAGCCUCCAUCGAGAGAGCAGCGAUGCCUUUGCCGCGAAGUAUCAGCUCCUCCUACGCCACGUUGGUAUCAAGAGCCAGUCAGAGAGCAUGGCACCUAGCGAAAUUGCAGUUUUGGCCCGACAUUUGCUCCUCAACCAAGGCUGCUCGUCGACACUGUCUCUGCUCCAAAAGUUUGUCAUUGAAUACACGCUCUUUCAGCGAUAUCAGGAAGAGCUGCCUCAGCCCGUGCAAGAAUUCUUUGAGGACUACAACCAGCUGCGAGCUGCAGAGGACCAGAGUAAAUCGCUUGCACAGCUGUUUGAGGAGACGCGAGGCGCCGCGACAUCCACCAUUACCUCGACCGAGCAGAUUCUCGUCAGGCGAAACGUGACGCAGCAAACACAUGAUGCAGAGAGCCAAAUUGCCAGUGUGCUCGUUACCCUCAUCGAGUCACCAACCCCAUCGGAAGCGUGGAACGGCGAAAUUCUCGGCCGAGUCAUCCAGUUGCACUUGCCACAGCUCGACUGGUCUCGAGUCAUCCGAGGACUCGAUCGUCCAGACAUGACCAUUUCUACCAUGAGUGACUUUGCUUUAAUUAUCACGACACUGCGUGGUGCUAUUAGUCAAGGCCACCGCGACAUGCCUGUUGACCUACUCUGGGGUGAGUGGCGACACGCGACCGCACAAGCAGCUCUCUUGAAGCAACUCACGCAAAGCCCGCUUGAGCUAUUCAACAUGACAGAUUACAAUGGUCCAACGGUCCUCUCGGCCAACGACUUUGUGUCGGCGCCUGCGAGCCUAAAAAAUAUGGCAACGCAACUUGAAAUGUCGCCGUGGAAUUCCUUGCAGUUGUUGCAGACGUGUUACCGUCUCGCUGCAAAUGAAUCGCUCGACGAUGCAAAGGAGCUGAUUGAUGUUGCCAGCAAGUCAACGCCAGAACUAAUUUUCCUCGGAAGCGUACAGUUGCCUCAACCACGCAGCCCACGCCAGGAGCAAUACUGCGAGACUGGUUUUGAUCUCUUCUUCAAUGGCCAGAGCAACCAUCAAGUCGUCUUCUACCGUCUCUGGCAGGUGGAGCCAGAAUUUAUGUGUACCAAGCUGAUUGAAUACCAUGGAAAGGACCCGCUUGCGAUCACCCGGAUUCUCGAUAUUGCUCACGACUUGCGUCUCCUCGACCAGCUGCUGAAUCUGCAGCCAUACUCCUUUAGUCUUGACUUGGCGUCGCUUGCCUCUCGACGCGAUUUGCUGGACAUUGACAAAUGGUUGGAUCAUCAGCUAUCGGCUGGCCAGGACGCUUUCAUUGCUUCAUGCUUGCGAUUCCUAUCAACCAAAGCUGAAGCAGAAAACAUGCUGCAGCAAUCAGAGGGCAGCGCCCUUCCAGUGACAGUCUCUCUCAAAGUCGAAACGGUUGCGGUGUUCCUAAAAGCUCUCAUGAAUAGCGCCAUGUCAUCGGAAAACGGCGACUACCUCAAGCAGGUACAAAGCUCCUGCUUGCAAGUGUACCCGCGCCUGAUGAACAGCACCAAUGUCAAUCGCGACCCUACAGAUUCCAACAAUUUUUCAAAAGACGUGGAGAAAGAGGUUGAGUUCUACUACGGGCGCCUUUACGAAGGCGAGAUGAGUAUUGCCCAUUUUGUUGAAAUGUUGCAAAGCUUGAAGCAAUCGCCAGAGGCGCGUGACCAAGACGUCUUCGCGUGCAUGUUACACAGUCUCUUUGACGAGUAUCGCUUCUUCGCGGACUACCCUGCAAGCGCUCUCAGCAUCACUGCUGUCUUAUUUGGUUGUCUCAUUGAAAAUCAGCUACUCUCAUACAUCCCGCUCGGCAUUGCGUUGCGGUAUAUUCUCGAUGCAGUUGCCUAUGAUGCCGACAGCAACAUGUUUCGUUUCGGCGUGCAGGCAUUGACGCAUUUCAAGGAUCGUGUGCCGGAGUGGCCGCAAUAUUGCCAACAGAUCUUGGCCAUUCCAAGUCUCAAUGAGCAUGAGCCCGGCUUGUUGGCCCAAAUCCGCAACAGUCAACGCUCCGCAGAAAGUAGUGCUCGUAUCGCACCGCAUGCUGAAGCGCCAGGACCGCAAGCAGCCAAUGCGCGUGCUCCACGCGCAGUCUUUCGCUCGUUGCGCGCUGAUACACUGCAGCAAGAUCCAGCCUUCUACAGUGAUCCGCCUGAAGAUGUCUCUGACAAGAUUCUCUUCAACAUCAAUAACAUGUCGCUCACCAAUUUGUCGGAAAAGCUUGCCGAAGUGAGUGCGGCUAUGCACGAAAAGUAUUUUGCAUGGUUCGCAGAGCACCUUGUAUCUCAGCGUGCUGCUAUCGAACCCAAUUACCACUCGCUGUACAUCCACUUCCUGGAAGGCAUUGCCAAUGAGCGUCUGACUGAAAACAUCUUGUCGCAGACUGUUGAGAGCAUUUCCCUUCUGCUCAACUCAGAAAACACAGUCACCUCCACAGUCGAGCGUUCCAAUCUCAAGAAUCUCGGUGCUUGGCUCGGAGGCUUGACGCUUGCUCGCAAUAGGCCGCUCAAACAUAAGCUCAUUUCGCUCAAAGAUCUCUUGCUGGAAGGCUUUGACAGUGGUCGGCUCAUUGUGGUCUUGCCAUUCGUCUGCCGCAUUCUUGAGCAGACACCAGCAUCCAAAGUCUUUAAGCCUCCCAAUCCAUGGACCAUGGGCAUCCUAUCGUUGCUCGUCGAACUCUAUGAGAACGCCGACAUGAAGCUGAAUCUCAAAUUUGAGGUUGAGGUGCUUUGUAAGAAGCUCGAUGUCGCCAUGUCGGAUGUCAUGCCAAGCAAUCUAUUGACCAACCGGCCGAAUGUGCCAGAGGAUCACGAAAGCCUGAAGGAAGACGACAGCAAGGCAGCCGACUCGCGUGCCAAUGCGAACAUUGCAUACGAGCAAAGCGCAGCGUAUGUGAGUGCGGUGGUAGGCGACUUGCCAAUCAUCGUACAUCCCAUCAUUCAGCAGACGCUUGGCAUUGCCAAUUCACGUCGUCUCAUCUUGCUGGCAGUCGAACGCGCAGUCAGAGACUUUAUUGGCCCUGUUGUUGAGCGUUCCGUUGCCAUUGCAAGUAUUUCGACCUCGCAACUCAUUUCCAAGGAUUUCGCCAUGGAGGAGGAUAUUGGCAAGUUGCGCCGCGCAGCACACACAAUGAACCAGAACCUUGCCGGAAGCCUUGCGCUUGUUACUUGCAAAGAGCCGCUUCGUGGAGCGCUCGUGACUAAUGUCAGAACUCUGCUUGGCCAGGCUGGCUUGGAUGCCGCUGGUGGUCAGCUCGAGGAUUUCGUGUCGCAGCUUGUCAGUGACCACCUCGAUGCCGCUUGUAUGAUUGUCGAAAAGGCCGCAAUGGAGCGUGCAUCUACCGAGAUUGACGAGGGUUUGGCAGCUGGCUUCCAUGCGCGCCAGAAGCACAAGGAGCAGCGUUCUGGGCAGCCUUUUGUCGAUAUACACGCCCCUCGCCACCAAUAUCCACUACCUGAUCCAUUGCGUCUCAAAGAGGAAGGCCUCACUUCAGAGCAGCUUGCCACAUAUGAUGACUUCUCGAGGAUCCCUCGCACUGCACAGCAAGCAGCCGCCUACUACUCAAAGGAAAGUCUGCGACAGCCAGUGCAAGAUGAAGUUCUGGCCUUCCGCGGCGAUGCACCCGUCGUUGCCUUUGACCAGAUCCUGGCAUCAAUUGUUGAGGUCGAGGCAUUGUCGCGUGAAGCUGAUGUCACAAUGUUGGCAGAAUUGCCUUCCGACGCACCACUGCGCAAGCUCCUGCAGCAGAUCCCUUACCAGGUGGCCGCAAUCAGUGCGCCCUUACGAGAUGAGCGAACCAUGGCUUGCUCGCAGAAAGUGUGUCAGUUGCUGUUCAAGGGCGUUUACGAUGAUCUAGUAGCGGAGAGUUUGACGUUCCUCUUGUCCAGCUUUGUCAACUUGUCAAGCAAGACAUUGCGAGAUGUAUCGGUGUGGCUUGUGCACUCAGACGACCCACGCAAGUACAAUGCAAGAGUAAUUCAAGCCUUGAUGCGAUCGCAAAUCAUCUCGCCGGCCGAGUUUGAUAUCCAGCUUGCAAAACAGAUUGAGCAUCGCCAGUUACCUGCCAUUGAGUUUGCCGUCGACUUUAUCAAGUCACUUUCCGGCUCGAGUGCUCCAAGUGCUUUGCGAGCUGAUUUUACUGCAAGUCUAGUGGCACUCCAGACACUUGCAAUGCACGAAGAUACGCCCGCAGGUGUGAAAGAGCUCUUGUCCAUGUUGUCAACACCAGUCAUGCUUGGAGAAAUGGGUGACGAUUCGUUCAAGGCUCAGCUCGAGAUGCUCUUUAGCGAAUGGGUACAUCUGGUCAACCACCCCGCCACAAACGACGCCAAUCAAUUAGCAUUCUUGCUUCAAUUGCAAAAGUCUGGGAUGCUGUCAAGCGACGAUUCCUGCACGGCUUUCUUCCGACACGCAAUCGAGUACAGUCUGGCGGCAGCUGCGCAUCAUGCAUCAGCUCCUGGGACUCAGUCGACUGCUCACUACAUCCCUCUUGAUGCACUCGCAAAGCUCAUUGUGCUCAUGAUGAAGUACCAGGUCGGUGGCAGGUUCCAGGAAAUGUGUCUCAGCAACUUUGGUCGCAUCGUCGACCUAGCCACAGUCAUCUUCGCCCACCAGCAUCUCGACAAAGCAGCAUUGGACCAACGACCCAUGUUCAGGUUCUACUCAAGCUUAUUCAGCGAACUGCACAAGCACUCUGAAGUCCUUGAAUCGCUGUAUCCACGCUUUAUUCAUAUCUUGGCUGAUGCACUGCUCGUUUUGCAGCCAAGCAACUUCCCCAAGUAUGCCUUCGCAUGGAUUGCACUCAUCUCUCACCGCUUCUUCCUGCCACAAUUGUUGGGCCAGACCGAGUCAAGUGGCUGGGCCAAGUAUGCAGAGCUCAUGACGGCGCUAUUGCGUUUCGUCGGGCCAUCCCUCGAAAGCGUCGAGAUGAAUGUCAGUGUUCGAGUCAUCUACCAUGCUUUACUACGGCUCUUGCUUGUCUUGUUGAAUGACUUCCCAAACUUCUUGACCAACAAUCAUCAAGUUUUUUGCAAUCACAUUCCGGCGCGUUGCAUCCAGCUGCGUAACCUCAUUUUGAGUUCGUUCCCGCGCAAGAUGCGCUUGCCAGAUCCCUUCCUGCCCGGACUCAAGGUGGAUCGUCUGCCAGAGACGGCGAUAUCUCCCGAAAUUUCGAUGGAUCUCGAACAGAUUUUGGUGCAAGGCAAAGUGAUGAAUUCCAUCAACAAUUACAUCUAUUCAGGUAACCUGGGCACUGUUCCGAAAGUCAUCAAGGCCCUUUCGCGCAAUGCCAAAUCUGAGGGUUUGGAGCCAGUUUUGCUAAACACGCUCGUAUUGCACUGCGCUGUACAGGCCAUCACUAAUGCAGAUGCUCCACCAGCAUUUGACUUGCAGUCGCCCUGGGUGGCGCUGCUCAAUGAGCUCUUUUCACUCUCUGACGCGCUGGGUCGUUACCAGAUUCUGAGUGCCAUUACCAACCAGCUCAGAUACCCCAACAGCCACACCUAUUUCUUCAGCUGCGUCUUGCUGCUUCUCUUUUCAAGCAGCAGUGGCGACCAAGAUCUUCCCAUUAAGGAGCAAAUUACACGGGUCUUGUUGGAGCGUCUCAUUUGCAACAGACCGCACCCUUGGGGACUUUUGAUUACCUUCACCGAGCUCCUCAAGAAUUCCAAAUACAAUUUUUGGUCGCUUCCUUUCCGCACCAGUCCCGAGAUUGAGUCCCUCUUUCAGAGCCUCUUCUCCCACAUCAAUCAGAACAUCGAGUAACGAUACCACAGCAUGGCGAUUUCUUUAUAGAUUAUGACAAGACUGUAUCUUAUGUACAACAGAAUUAGCAAAGCACAUCUUCAAG